AUGUCGAACACCAUUGCCUUGUAUCCCCUCUCCAACUUCACCUUCAGCACGAAGGAGGCACAGCCCGAAGAGGACCCCUCCGUCUCCGCACGCCUUCAGCGCUUGCAGAACAACUAUGAAGACUUUGGCAUGCGGCGUACCGUGGAGGGGAUUCUAGUCGUGCACGACCAUGGUCAUCCCCACAUCCUCAUGCUCCAGAUUGCCAACGCCUUCUUCAAGCUACCUGGCGACUACCUGAAGCCCGGAGAGGAUGAGAUCGAAGGGCUCAAGCGCCGACUUGACGACCGGCUGGCGCCGCCGAGCGAGUCCCGCCAGUUCAACGCAACGCACGGGCUAGACAAUGAGUGGGAGAUCGGCGACUGCCUCGCGCAGUGGUGGCGCCCGAACUUCGAGACAUUCAUGUAUCCGUUCAUCCCGGCGCACAUCACUAAGCCGAAGGAGUGCAAGAAGCUCUUCCUCGUCCAGAUGCCCGAACGCAAAGUGCUGGCUGUUCCCAAGAACAUGAAGCUGCUUGCCAUCCCACUUUUCGAGCUUUACGACAAUGCCGCGCGGUACGGCCCGCAACUCUCUGCCAUCCCGCAUCUCUUGUCCCGCUACAACUUCAUUUACCAGUGA